AUGGUGAUCAUGGGAGAAAGAGUAGAAGAAGGACUGAAGAGCGGUAAAAUCCAGGGAGGUUCCAGCAGCCAACCAAUCUUGAAGAAGCCUUUCAAUGGAUUCAAGAGGAAGGAGGGCGACACUAGUGCCAUUUCUUAUCAACAGGGGAGGACACCACCCAAGGCUCUUGCUUCUGUGUCUUAUUAUCAAUACCCUUACGUAGCAGCUCCUCAAUAUCCAACCAUGCCUUAUCGUCCAAUUGCUCCCGCUCCUAUUCCAGCUCCGGUACCUCACUAUCAAGUUCCAGUUCCUCAAUAUCAAGCUCCACAACCUCAGUUCCAGGCUCCUCCACCUCAACAUCAACAGAGAAAUCAACAGAAUAAUCAACAUAAUAAUCAACCACGUCCAGUUCAACAACAAUAA